AUGACGAACCAAGAGCGUAAUAUGUUGCGGAAGUCGGAGUUUCCCGAUAUGGCCAGAGAUGCUCUACCAAUCAUAGAAAAUCUCAUCAUUAACCGAAAUAAACAUGAUAUGGCAAUGGAUUUGAUUGCCGAAUUUGUUUUCCGCGAGCGUCGCGAUGAGCCACGUGGUGCUCAAUUUUCAAAGCAAACCGCCCAUCCGCGCCUUUCAUCAAUCGAAGAAUUUCAGCUGGUGUUGGUGUUGUGCGAAUUCUUUUCCCGUCCCGGUCCGGAUGCUACUCGCAAUGCAGUAUUUUUAUCACUGUUUGGUGGAUCUAACGUACGAACAAGUGUUCUUAACAAAUUGAUUAGCACGGCUGUGUCGGGUUCGAUUGCACCACUACUAUGCGCUGCAGGGACGUGGAUGCAACAGUUAGGAUGCACUUCCCCGGCUAGUCUAGAGUUGGCGCAGUGUAUUGUGCGGGACUUUGUAAUAUUUUCGAAAAACUCUUCUGAACAACUAAAAUCAUUACCGCUGGUAGCACCAAGGUUUGCUGCCAAUCUUAUGACUGCCGUGACAGAUCUAUACCUAAAUGGGAUGGCAAAAUCUCAACUCAUUCCACCUCCCGAUCUUCUGCUGGAUGUGAUUACGGAUUGGGUGUCUGAGAAUCCUUCCUUGUGUCUUGCAUCUCAGCAACAGCUGGCAUUGCCUAGUGGAGCCAUUGCGAUGCCGGUGAUCACUCCGCUUGCUGGUCUCAUCCGUUGGUGUGUACUUUCGCUGUUGGUUACGAGUAAGCAGGAGCUGUACAGUAAGCUUCAUCUAGCUGUACUGCAAAGUUUGUUGGAAGCGACACCACCUGUAACGAUACCGCCAACCUUACAACCGAUCAACGCUCAACAUUUAAUGCUGAUAGUGAACACAAUCCAGGCAGAGACGGAAAAUCUGACAAAGCAAGGCCAAUCAUUGGAGGAUGAGAAUCUUCAGAGUUGCUUGGAACGGUUUGCGCAAGCUGUGCAGGUAGGACUCACAUCGCGUUGUAUUUUUGGCAACAUCACGCAAUUAAUGUUCCGGCUGGAAGCACUGCCUGGGAAGAACAAACUGCUACAAAUUGUCAUUAAUGCAAAUAAAAAUAUUUAA